AUGUCAAGGUCCUCUUGGAAAUUUUUAAUCUUUAUGAUAUAUGUAUCAUGCUUUUGCAGAAAUGGACAUUAUACCUUUUUCAAAUCAUCCAGUAGAAGCCAUGGAAGAACUUUAUCAGAAAAACCCGUAAAUACUGAAAUAAAUGCCAUAGCUGAAAAUGCAAUAUUAGAGUUAAAUGCCUUAGACACUGAAAAAAAUUCAAGCCCUGUUAGAAAUCAAGGGAGUCAGAAAUUUUUUGAAGAUGUAAAAAGUUCUAAAUAUUUAGACAUUAGUGUCCUUGAAGAAAGAUUGAAAAGAGAGUGGAACGAUCUAGCUCGUAGUGAAACCAAAAAUUGGUUUAAUGUUAUAAUAGGUAUUUGUGACACGUUGGUUGCAGAAUGUGAUUCUUACAUUGUUUGUGAUGACAAGGUUAAUAGUUGGUGCGAGUUACUAAAAAUGCUAACGUCAUUUCGUUUGGCCGAAAUUAAUGAAAGCAAUGUAAUUUUUGAAAAAUUUUUAGAUUAUAUGAGAGAAAAGAAACGAGAAAAUCCAAGUAACACAUUAGACGAAGAAGAAGAAAAUAUCUGGAAUGACAUUAAACAGUUAAAACAGAAAAAAGAUUCUGAAUGGAAAAAGUACCACGUUGCAACUUGGAGGUAUUGGUUUCAAAGGGAGUUCCCCACAGUUAACCUAAUCCAGCAAUGA